CGUUGAGCUAACACUUAGUAACAUCAGAAAGAUUAAAAAGAAAAAAUUAAAAGAGAGAGAGAUGGGUAUGGUUCUUGUGUAUAGUUUUUGCCUUGCCCUUCUCUUGAUUACUAUACUUAAAAGGUGGCAACCUAAGCAAAAACCAAACUUGCCGCCAGGUUCAAUGGGCUUGCCAUAUAUUGGAGAUACUCUUCAACUCUACUCCCAAAACCCAAAUAUUUUCUUUGCUUCUAGGCAAAAAAGGUACGGAGAGAUAUUCAAAACUCGCAUUCUCGGUUGCCCUUGUGUUAUGGUGGCUAGUCCUGAGGCUAUCAGGUUUGUGUUGGUGACACAAGCAAGUCUGUUCAAGCCAACGUACCCACCGAGCAAAGAAAACUUGAUUGGCCCAUCAGCAAUUUUUUUUCACCAAGGGAGUUAUCACUCUCAGAUGAGAAAAUUAGUACAAGUUUCGUUGUCUCUUGAUGUGAUCAGAAACCUGGUCCCCCAUAUUGAAGCUAUUGCUGUAUCUGCCUUGGGAUCAUGUUCUAGUGCCAAUGUUGUCAAUACUUUCCAUGAGAUGAAGAAGUUCGCUUUUGAUGCUGCUGUUUUGUCCAUCUUUGGUAACUGCUUGGACAAUUCAUAUAGAGAAAAGCUGAAAAGGAAUUACUACAUACUGGACAAAGGUUACAAUUCAUUCCCAACAAAUCUACCUGGAACUUCGUACAGUAAAUCUGUCAUGGCAAGAAAAAGGCUGAGCAGAAUUCUAGGCCAGAUGAUAAGGGAGAGGAAGGAAAAGGGAUUAGUGCAAAAGGAUCUGUUGGGUUAUCUACUAAACUUCAAAGAUGAGAAGGGUCAAUUUCUAUCUGAUGAAAAAAUUACUGAUAACAUCAUCGGUGUACUAUUUGCUGCUCAGGAUACUACAGCGAGUAUCUUAACAUGGAUUUUAAAAUAUAUUCAUGAUGACCCAAAACUCUUAGAAGCAAUUAAGAUAGAGCAGACAGCAAUUUUUGAAUCAAAUGGUAGAGGAGAAAAACCAUUGACAUGGUCUCAAACUAGAAAUAUGCCCAUUACAAAUCGGGUUAUAAUGGAGAGCCUGAGGAUGGCAAGUGUCAUAUCUUUCACAUUUAGGGAAGCUGUCGAAGACGUGGAAUAUAAAGGAUACUUGAUUCCGAAAGGAUGGAAGGUACUUCCUCUGUUCCGAAACAUUCAUCACAAUCCAAAUUUCUUCAGAGAUCCACAUGUAUUUAAUCCUUCAAGAUUUGAGGUUGGACCAAAACCGAAUACUUUCAUGCCCUUUGGAAAUGGUGUUCAUGCAUGUCCAGGAAAUGAAGUUGCCAAGCUAGAGAUGAUUAUUCUUAUCCAUCACCUGGUCACUAAGUUCAGGUGGGAAAUAAUAGGACCUGUAAGUGGGGUUGAAUACGAUCCAUUUCCAGUGCCUGAGAAAGGACUCCCUGCUAAAUUUUGGGAAGAAUCUAGAAACCACAGCUGGCCAUGAUAACAACAUAUAUCUUCUCCUCUCAGAACAUUUUGAUGCUCAACUGGGGUUGGCAAGAUGCUUCAGUGUUUUUUUAUUUAUUUAUUUAUAUACUUUGUUAUUGGUUGGCUUUUUUUCCCCUCCAGUUGCGUCAUUUACCUACAAACAGUAUAUAUAAUGUGACUUUUGAAAGGGAAAGAUGUGAGCUUUUGGUGAGGGGUUAUGUUUGAUGUGUUUGUCCAUCUUUUAAUUAAUUGUGUACCUUUCUCUUCGAUCUUUCAAUUUCUACAGUCGGACGCUAUAUCUAAUAUGUUACCUUUCA